CCCCCUCAGCCAGGGACCCCCAGCCCCCCCUCAGCAUGGGGGAUCCCUACCACUUCCCUGUGGCCCUUCAGUGGGAUCUGGGGCCCGAGAAACUGAAGGAGCUGAAGAACAAACUGCUUGUGUAUUUCCAGAGCAAGAGCAAGUCUAACGGAGGGGAGUGUGUGAUCAGGGACCCCGACUGCACCCCCGGAUAUGUCCUCAUCCACUUCAGCCAAGAAACAGUGCGGAAGCAAAUUCUGGGGAAACGGACCCACGAGCUGUCCUUGUCCAAUGGGAAGAGGCUGAAGUUGGACGUCAGGUUGCCCGGAGCUCCUCCCCCAGCGGCUGGCCGGCCAGUGCCCAGGGUUUCCUGGAAACCCAUAAACCUGACGCCUUACAAGCUGCCUGGACCUUCUACUAGAGGGAGCUCUGUACCCCGUGCCCCCCGGCCCCCGAGGGCCCUGAUUCAGAAUGUCUGGGGCAGUUACACGCGGGAGAUGCUCAGCCUAUUGGUGGAGAACGUGAGCGCCGCGUGCGAGAGGCGAGAUUUCUAUAUCGAGAUGAUUCCUGAGAUUGGUGCAGCCGCGGUCACUUUCACACGUAACAUUGAUCCACUGAACUUUACUGCCCAGUUCUGCAGCAGCCCGAGGGCCAAUCAGAUGGGACUCACAGCGCAGCCAAUGGAGGAGACUAAGGCCGUUCGGGUGGAGAAUCUGCCCCCCAGUACACGUGAGACUGACCUGGUGAUUUACUUUGAGAGCCCCCAGAAUGGAGGGGGGAGGGCGCAGAAGGCGGAGCUAUUACCCGAAGAGGAGGCGGCACUGCUGACUUUUUCUGAAGAAGGAGUUGUACAAACGGUGUUGGGGAAGCAGCAUGUGUUUGGGAAGAGGCCGAUAUCCGUGUAUCCUUACUAUGAGUCCCUGGGGAUAACUCUAUAUGGGGAGAAGGGACCUUGUGUAACAUUACCUGAACCCCUGGAGGUGCCAGUCAGUCCGUAUGUGCUGGAAUUCAUACUGGGAGACCCACAGAUAAAAGGCGACAUAGACAAGAAGAUGGCAGAUAAGAACUGUGAGAUCACAUGGCCAGAUCCAAACUGCCCCAAUCCCACCAUUAAACUGUCCAUCCCCAGCUCCAUAUCAUCUCAUCUCAGGACUGUGGCAAAGAUUGUACGGACAUGGAGGGAUCAGGUUUCUACAGAAUUCUCCCUUUUUAUUUCCAAGUUCAAAGAUACAGAGUACGAUGUGAUUCCACCAGUUUGGGAAGCCAUCAAAGGAGAAGUCAGCAGCUCCACAUAUGGGGGGGUUUUGGUCAAACCAGACCUUGCCAAACACAAAGUCUUCAUCGCAGGACUGCUUGGUGAUGUUGAUUGGAUUGGGGAGACUCUCAGUGACCUGGUGGAAAAUAUCACUAGACAAGUUGAAAGGCAGAGACAAACGUUGGAGGAGGUAGAACCUGUGCCCCAGGCACUGUAUAGACUACUGCUUGCAGAAGGACUGGAGAAGACAGUAAUGGGAAGAUACCCACAGCUGAAGAUGUCCUACGACAAACUGACAAAGAGCUUAAAGAUCUGUGGCCUCAGAGAAGAGAUAGAUGGAGCCAAAUGUGCAAUACGAGACAUGAAAGGAACUUUGAACCAGAAAGCAGUUGAUUUACCUUCUGCUGUUCUUCAGUUCCUGAGGCUGGCCAAUACCGAUGAGUUGUCUUGUCUUCUUCUCAGUGACCAUGGAAUAAAGGCAAUGUUCCACAUGGACAAUAACACAGUCACGCUGAUUGGAUGCUCCAUGAAGGAUGUGACAGAUGCAGAAGAGCGGAUGAGACGUGAGUUACAGUGGAAGGAAGUCAUUAUGGAUCAGCUGGUUGCCCAGAGUCCUGAGUGGGCAGAUCUCAAGGUGCAUUUGGAUAAAACAUUGAACAGUGAGAGGUGCACUCUUGUGGUUAAUGACUUGGCCCCAAUAGGGAAGCCUAGUGUGAUUGUCUCGGGUCUUGCUCCCAGCAUGCAAAGCGCCUACAGACAGGUCCAUGAGUUUGUGGAGAAGAACUCUGUGUUGCAGAAGGACAUUCAGGUCGGAAGGACAUUCAGGCCAGAAGUCACCAUGAAGUAUCUGAAAGAAACAAAAGCACAACUUUGCCAAAAAAUGAAAAAUGUCACGGUUACAAUUGAACUUCAGCGACAAACGAUUUCCUUGCAGGGUCCCAGACUGUGCGUCCAAGAGGCCGAGACCCUCGUACAAACAGAGCUCGCUUCCCUCUGCUUCGAUACGUUGAGCAGUUCCAAACCCGGAGUGAAGAAGUUGUGCAAGGAAAAUGCAGUCAUGUACAGCACUACCGCCAUGCACCAGUACGGCUGCGUGAUACACGUGCAGGAGGGUGGCCCAAGCGCUGUGGAACCCAGCAGCCCACGGUACCAAGGGCAAAUACAAGAUGGAGUUACCACAGUGGAUAAGAGUAACCCAAUUCAUCACAAGGGGGAUGGACUUAAUGUAGACGUGAAACUGACCACAAAGGAAGGUCUGACCGUCUCUGUGAUCCAAAGGAAUAUCCAAGAUGCCACGCCAUCGUUUGAACUAGUGUGGGCUCUCGUGUUCUUGAUUCUCAAUAUACAUGGAAAGUGCCUGUGUCAUAAUCUUGAUGUUAAGUGCGCGUCGUGUCCGCCUCAUAGUUACAGGACUUCUGAAGACGUGAGCAAGGGGCGUGGGCGGUUCUUCAUGAUCUGUGUUUCAUAUCUUACUUGUAACGUGGCCUUAUCCUUCGAGCAGGUCGUGGGGCUGCCCCAAGAGGAGGUGAUCUCAUCGGUCCUCAUUCCCACCUUCUCCGCAUUCUCAGCAUCUAACAUGACUAACCGGCACGUUAUUGUUCAUCGCCACCCACUGGGGAUUCCCCCUUUGGUGGUGUUUCCUGCUUGCGCUGACAUCGACGGAGUCCCAUUUCAUGAGUGUGUUGUGGAGGAUGGGGCCUUACGAGCGGAGCCACGAGGGGACAGAGGGACAGAGGGACAUGGUCGAGAGGGCCACGACAGCGGACUGGCUCCGCGAGGCGAUAUACGAUUUGGCAGCUAUCGAUUUAUCGCGGCAGCUGAUAAGGAAACCAUAGACUAUGAGUACUUAUAUCUUGCAUCGAUUUUUUGGUUCACGUCUCGUCCUUACUCUACAUGCUUUUCAAGGGAAUUUACCAGAAAACACAAUAAUGUGGGUUUAUCUCCUGCCAAAAUCUGCGCGCCCCCUGCACCUGCCCCAGGUUUCUAUGGGGCAGUUACAAGUCCGGCACCGGGAGUCCAUGAAAUGAAAGUGGGGCCAGUCCUGUACCAAGUGAGACCCGGGGAUAUAACCAAGGAGCCCAGCGAUGUCAUUGUUAGCUCCUCCAAUCAAAACUUCACAUUGAAAUUAGGGGUGUCCAAAGCGAUACUGGAAGCAGCUGGGCCGAGUGUGGACACUGAAUGCGCCCUGUCACGGGCCCAACCUCACAAAGGGUUUAUUGUGACCAGAGGUGGAAACCUCCAGUGUAAGUGGAUCCUCCAUGUGGUGGGAUCGACUGACACAACGCAGAUAAAGAGCUCAGUAAUAGAGGCUCUGAAGGAGUGUGGGAGGCUGAAGGCCAAAUCAGUUGCAUUUCCUGCUAUUGGGACAGGUGUGGGAGCAGCUCCAGCUUCUGCUGUGGCCGAUGCCAUGUUAGGUGCCGUGGAAGACUAUGUCACAUCCCAACCGGUCCAGUCACUUCAAGAGGUCAAAAUAAUCAUCUUCCAGCAGCAAGUGCUAAAUGAGUUCUACACCAGCAUGAAAAGGAAAGAGGGGAGCAACCCGUCCGCCCCAAAACUACUCCCGGGCCAAAUACCUUCUCCAAUGAAAUCUACUAAAAGGCCACUAAAGGCCAAAAGUGUGGAUUUCACAGAGACUGUAGAGCCGGUGGUUUUCCAGCUUUGUGGCAUAAGCAAAGACAGUGUGACCCAGGCCUCCAAGUGGCUUCAAGAGCUCAUUCUGAAAGAGCAGUCUGAGAAUGUAAUCAGCUGGGAAUGGCCUGAGGGAUUCAGUGUCCAUGAGAAGAGAAAACUGUAUGAUCUUCAGGCCAAACAUCAGGUCACCAUCAAGCUGGAGCCACAACCUUCCAAAACCUUAAUACGGAUUAAUGGCCUCAACAGCGAUGUUCUGAAGGUUUCACGAGAGGUUCAAGCCAUGAUGGAGAAAAUAAAGGACAAGAAAACCAAAGAGCGAGAAGCAGAGCUCUGUAGUACCCUGGUAGAGUGGAAAUACCACAAUGGAGUAAAGUUUGAGGCUUUUAACAAAAUAACAAACAUGGAGCUGGAGAAGAACCGGAACAAUGUCCAACAGACUGUCACUGUGUGUAUCAAAGGGGAAACAUUCAACGUUGACUUUAUAAACAAAUGUGUCCGUAACAAUCAGGGAAAGAGUCUCUCCAUCCAAAGAGCUCCUAAAGGGGCCCUGCCCUUCCCUGAUUACUGGGAUGAAAUGGAGACGGUGCUGUACAAGGAGGUCCCACUGGAUCCUGCGGGGAAGGAAUACAAACAGGUCGAGGCCUUGGUUCAGAGAAGUUGUGCUGUAAAGAUACUGACGAUCACGCGGAUACAGAACAAGCACCUGUGGCAGAACUACCAGAUCAGGAAGCAAAGUAUCGACGCAAAGAAUAAGCAAUGGGUCAACGAGAAGCAGCUGUUCCACGGGACCCAGGAGCUGACGAUCAAGAGCAUCAAUCAGAACGGAUUCAACCGCAGCUACGCGGGAAUGAACGCGGCUUCAUUCGGAAAGGGAACGUAUUUUGCAGUGGAUGCCGCUUACUCUGCCAAUGAUACAUACUCCAAACCCGGCCCAAAUGGGCAGAAAUAUAUGUAUUUGGCUCGGGUGCUGACGGGUCUCAGCUGCCUGGGGAACAAAGCAAUGAUUUCCCCCCCAUCCAGGAGUGCGUCGGACCCUACAGAUCUGUACGACAGCGCCAGCAAUAACCCCGCCGCACCCAACAUGUUUGUCAUAUUCAAUGAUGUGCAGGCCUACCCCGAGUAUCUCAUCAGCUUUACCCCAUGAGGCACUGUGGGGGGGUUUAUGUCCCUCACUCCCAGCUGACAUGGGGUAUGGCGCCAUUAGGGGGGUGGGUAGGAAUGUCUGCGGCGGGAGGGGGGACCUCCUCUCUAUAAUGGAUGAUGGAAUCUUUACAUUCAAUUAUGAACGUUCCAAGCGGAACCAUUUUGGGUUAUUGCGCACGUCGGAUAUUUCAUUGCCACUUGUGCUGAAGGGGAAGUCGUCUGUUUUGUUUACAAGUCCCUAUUGCCACAAAUACAAUAAUAUAAUUAGGGACUUGCUAACAAAAAUCUCUAUUUACCUGAUGUUGGGUCAUGUGUUGUCCCAGGAGGGGGUCAGCGACCCGCCAUCUCCACUUGCAGGGCUAAAACUAGGGGUAGGCACUUACCUAGGGUGCAAUAGUCGGAGGGGUGCUGGGACCAUAGACUCACACCCCCCUCAGGAUUUCCAUAUUGCCAUCCAAUACAAUUCAUGCUGUGCCAAUGAGUGAGGGGAUAGGCCACUCCCUCUGCACAAGGCCACUCCCACUGCGCUUAUUUGACUUACACGUGCCUUGAAGGUGCUGGGACUGUACUUUAUCCUGUGAUGUUUUAUACUCAGUGUGAUGUGUGCAGCCCCAAAUCAUCUCCCUCUAGUCAUGUGACCCACCCACUCUUAUUACCCCUUUCCACUUCUAUUAGCCCCUAAUCACGUGCCCCUCAGCCAUGUUACCUGCAACCAUGUACCUCAUGUGUCCCCAACCCUGUCUCCCCCAGUUGUGACUUUAAUUCUCUGUUAUUAACUAGAUUUCUAUCAUGAUUAUUGUACAGAAUUAUCAUGGCAGCUCCACCCCCUGUGCCAUUAGCUUUUACUGUCAAACUGCUGAUUGGACGAGCUCUCCACCAAUGACAAGGCAGUCAGUAGCUGUGAUGGGGGGGGGGGCAUUAUCAUGACAGAAAGGAGUUUGUGGGUUGGGUUGGGUUUGUCUGUUCUCAGCUUUGUUCCCAUUGUGUCCAAUCAGGGUUUGUAUUUACAGCAGAAUAUAUAUAUAAAUCCGCAACAUUACAAAGGUUUUUGUUUUAUUACAAAUAAAGACAUUGGGCCUGAUUCACUA